AUGGCAGCCACUCGGGACAGUUCCCUGCUCUCGAGCAUGACCGCCGGUACUCGACGUCGCUCCACCUCCAGUACCGAUGGGCCAGUCCCCUCCAAGCGGCGGAAAAGAACCUCGCCCUCCCCGGCCACCAAGCCUCACGGACCUCGCCAGAAGAUCACAAGGGCCUGUGACCACUGCAAGGAGAAGAAAACCCGCUGCACGGGCACUCUGCCCUGUGUGCGCUGCUCAAAGCUGUCGCUGCCUUGCGAAUACAAUGCGGCCUACUCUCGAGGCCUCCCCCCGGAUGGUGCAGACAGCCCCCGUGUUCAAGACGUCGUCGUCACUACAAACGCAAGUCCAGGCCUGCGCAGGUCCGGGUCUGCCCGGCGCUCCUGCAGACCGGUCCUUAGCUCACGCCAGCCCCACGGGGGCAAUGAGCUGUCUCAGCGUAACUCGCCGGACCCUGCGGUCACCGACUUGGAGGGGAACUACCUGGGACCGGCAUCAGGCGUAUCCUUCCUCACUCGUGUCUGGGGUCGCCUGCACCAGGAUAAGCUGCACGCGAUACCCGAUGGGCUGCAAGAUGAGUCUUCCAACAAGAACACCUCCGUCUUCAUGUUUGGCGACAAGCCGUACUCGGACUAUCGGGAGGCUACCUUUACGCUGCCACCGUUUGACAAGGCCCAGGAGCUGGUCGAUAUCUACUUUGACUUCUCCAUGGUCACGUAUCGCUUUUUACACCGGGGAAGCGUCGAGGGGUGGCUUCAACAGGUGUACGAAAGCAACGUCUCCUCUUCAAAUCCUCCAGUGGGUCCGAUGGUGGUGCGAACGGCCAUCAUUCUCAUGAUUUUCGCCGUGAGCACCCUUUACGAAGAACAACGACCUAGUCGCCAGGUGGACGGAUGGUGUCAGAGCCAUCCUAGUGAGCAAUGGUAUGCGGCCUCCAAAUACAUGACCUCUUUAGAGUCCGGACCCCCGCGACUGGAAUCGGUCCAGGCAAGGCUGGGCCAGUGUCUCUACUUGCUCGCCACCUCUAGAGCAAACGAAUGUUGGUACUCUUUUGGCACAGCCCUUCAGCUGGUGACUGCCAUGGGCUUGCACCGCAAGUGCCCCGGCAAGCGUCUCAAGGGAGGGAAUACGUACUUGGAUCGAGAGCUGCGCAAACGCAUCCUGUGGAGCGCUUAUAUGCUGGACCGAUACCUCAGCAUCAUGUUCGGGAGGCCGCGCUUAUUGCAUGAUGAAGACAUCGACCAGCACCUUCCGGAGGAGGUGAAUGAUGAAGAUAUGCUGCAGGAUGAUCCGGCGCGAAGGUCCGGGUCCGCAGACUGCAUGAUGAUUGCGUCCAUUCUCCACUUCAAACUCGGCCGCAUACUGGGCGACAUCUCCCGGCAACUCUACACGGUAAAUCCUUCUUCACGGAGCCCAGCUCUGGAGACUGCUGCUCGCCUCACGUCCGAGCUGGAGCAGUGGAAAGCGACCGCACCGGCGCUUUUUAACAGUGUUCGUGCUACUAGCCUCAUCCCCCCACUCUGCAGACAAAGCCAGGUUCUGCAAUUAGCAUACUCGCACGCCGUAAUCCAUGCCACACGGUCAUUUCUUUUGAAUGACUUUACGGAUCUGAGACGCAGACCGCAGGCCCCAUCGCCAAUGGUGUCUAGUCACGUACGGAAGUGCGUCGAAGCCGCCCAGCAAGUCAUGGAGCUGGUGGAUAGCCUUGCCAAACAGAGCGUCCUGAUCCAGUCGUUCUGGUUUACCCACUAUGUAUGUUUCUGCGCCAUCACAGUUGUAUAUAUCUACACGAUCCAGCAGUAUCGAACGGUUUCUACCCCGGAGACGCCUUCACAGGGCACCGAGGACAUCAGCCGUCUGUGUCCGCUCUUCCAGCUCGCAGAAACGUGCCAGCACCACCUUGCAGAGGCGACCCGCAAGAACUGCCCGAGCCGUCGCUAUAGUAUUAUCCUGGAGGAGCUCCGAAAGGAAGUGCACCGGCAGAUCGGUCCAGACUUGAGCUCUGUGAGUGACUCAUCUGAGCAGUUCCAGAGCAUGUGUGCGAGUCAGCCAGUAGCGGAACGACAUCCCAAUCUUACCCCGGUCUACCCGCCCAUGCCGCCGGAUGUUGGGCCCCUCCACUAUCCGGGUCUGCAGCUCGACCUCACGGGACACCCAUUCGGCCCCGAUGGCGACAUUGGACAGUCGAUCGAUAAUCUGGAGGGGUCUAUCUGGUGGACCCAACUAGACUCUUGGGUAGGUUGA